AUGUUUUACGCCAAUUGCACAGGUGACUGUCACCUUCGGAUCUCUGUUGGGCUUUCCUGUCUCCAAGCAGAUCGUACGCUGUGUCUGGAGGCCCUGCCGUUUACAAUAAAUGGCGGGAUCGUGCAACCGAGUUCGUAUGAAUAUUCCUGGACUUCGGAUAUUGCGUUUGGAAUCUCGUUGACCGUCUUCGAUCUAAGGUCUCCGAUCACGCUAGUCGAAUUGCAAGGCUAUACAAGGACAAAUAGGGACAAUCCCAACUACACCUACGCAUUUACCGUGCUAUGCGAGCAGUUCUUUCCAGCAAAACCAAACCUCUACACCCACGUUGCGCCCUCUCACCAAACGCAUUCCAUCGAACGAAUAGGCGCUGGCGAAGUUCAUACGUUUGUGACCAGCGUUUACUACCGAUUACAUUUCAUAAACAUUCGGCAGUCGCGAGGGCAAACUGUGGAAGGCCUUUCGACGAUCGCCUGCUACACACAUUCCAUCCCUCCCGAGCGCAACGAGACACAGCUGGUCGACAAGUUCUUGAUGGAUGGCCGGACCAGCAUUUCCAAUCUACUAUGGAGCAUGUCUGCCGCGACACUCCGCUUUGGCAACGCGACAUUCGACCUCAUCUACGCACCGCGCCCACCAGACUAUGCGAUCGUCGGAAAGACAGAAACGGAUGACGACAUAGACAUACAGUUUACCGAAGAACUCAGUCUGGGCUAUCCGUGGGAUGUCAGGCAGACAAUGGACUACCGCGCCUACGCAUACUCAGUUGAAGCGGCCCCAAGAGCGAGGAUGCGCAGCCUUCUCGAGUGGCACCGCACCCAAGACCGAGAUCGACACUGCACGGAAAUUGUCCCGGAUACUCCAGCUACAGAGCCCGUCGUUAGCACAACAUCAUUGGCCGUCAGUGCCUACUUGGAAUCCGGUUCGAAUAGCUUCUGGAGCUUCUGGAAUCUCUGUGCGGCUGGAAUUAUUGCCAUCUGCUUUAUGGGGGCGAUUUGGCUCGUCGCUGCUUUGGCACGAUUAUGGUGUCAACAAGGCAAACGGUUUCGAAGCGAUGCGCUGCGAUUCGAUGCGCCUGCUGCCAACCAAAAAUCUGUCUUCACGUUACCUGGCAACGCGCAUAUUCUAUUCCACAGAAGCCCCCAGUCGGGCAAUUCCCUGGAAUUGAAGUUGUCGGCCAUGGACAUCUUUCGAAACUGCCGUCGAUUCGGAUCCUUUUUCCGUACCAAUACAUUAGCUGACGAUGCGAUCAAGCCAUCUGAUGGAAAAUUACACUUCAUACCGGCUGCUUCCGACGUCAGUCAACAUCGCAUGUGGAGACUAGACGCUGCAGAGUUACUGGUAUCUAUGUACCCAAAUAUGCAU